AUGGGCUUGGAUCAGGACAAAAUAAAGAAGAGGCUCUCUCAAAUAGAAAUAGACAUCAACCAGAUGAACCAGAUGAUUGACGAAAAUUUACAAUUAGUCGAACCCGCAGAAGACGAGCCUGUCCAGGAUGAUGCUGAAAACUCGGGCAUGAUCGACGUUCCAAAAGCGGUAGAGACGGCAGGAGCGACUCUUUUAAGUAUUAAUGAUGAAACAAGUAGCAACCUAGGAGAUGCCGCUCAGUUUGAAGAGCAGAAAGCCCUACAGGGCUCCACAGAAAAUGAAACGAAUAAGAGUGUAGAGGCGCCAUCUCAGCCAUCGGAUACUCAACCUGUUAUAGCCAAAGAACAGAUAAACCACACGACCAUUGCUAUUGGUGAUUCCUAUAAUUCGUUUGUCGCAAAUUCUGCUGGAAAUGAAAAGGCAAAGGACUUCGACACUGAGGCCAAUGAAGUUGGUACUGUCAAUGUAAACCAGAACAGAGGUGAUGUUAAUGUUGAAACUGUAGAAAACAAUGAUGAUGAAUGGGAGGACGAAAAAUCAGAUGUUGAAGAGGAGCACAUAGAUAAGGGAACGGAAGGAAACACUGAGGUUAAAUCUCUUGAAUCGCCCAUGCCCCGGAAUAUUACUUUGUGGGGUGACAAUAACGUGGACGCUGAAUUAGUAUUAGACAGAUUUUCUUCCGCCAAUAAUGAUCUGGACAUACAACCGCAGACUAUAUCUGUUGGAAGUAGCAAUGGAGACGACCAUGAGAGCAACCAUUUAGCUAAUCAAACGCCCCAGGCCGAUAAUUUAGAGGCCUUCCCCAAUCGCUCGCGAGGAAGCACUCCGUUGGAUUCCCAAACGAAAAUCUUCAUUCCCAAAAAGAAUUCUAAAGAAGAUGGUACGAAUAUAAAUGACAUUAACUCAGAUGGUCAUGAGCAAAAAAGAACCACAAAUUUGGAGAGACGACGCCCAACAAAUCCAUUCAGAGUUAUCUCUGUUAGCAGCAAUUCCAAUUCAAGAAGCGGAAGUCGUAAAUCUUCCCUAAAUAAGUAUGACUCGCCAGUCUCUUCUCCUAUUACAUCGGCGUCGGAGUUAGGCAGUAUUGCCAAGCUGGAAAAAAGACACGAUUAUUUAUCUAUGAAAUGCAUUAAGUUACAAAAGGAAAUUGACUACCUGAACAAGAUGAAUGCGCAGGGUUCUUUAUCUAUGGAAGACGGCAAGAGACUGCAUAGGGCCGUGGUAAAGCUUCAAGAAUAUCUUGACAAGAAGACGAAGGAGAAAUAUGAGGUCGGGGUGUUGUUGAGCAGACAUCUGAGAAAGCAGAUUGAUCGUGGUGAGAAUGGCCAAUUUUGGAUUGGAACAAAAUGA